AACACAACAUGGCGGCCAAAUUUACACACUGAUUACGUGUUAAAUAAUAGAAAAACUAGGGCUCUGGGAAGUAAUGUCAAAAUAGCAAUGCCCGUACCGGGCACCUCGACAUCCUCUCUGUCUCAUACUGAGUCAGAAUUGUAUUUCCUGAUUACAAAGUUUUUGGCGGCUGGACCAUGUCAGAGAGCAUCAAAGGCCUUGCUCGAAGAACUCGCCGAAAACAAACUUUUAACAAAAAGAGUCGACUGGGAAGGCAGAGAGCAUUUCAGAAGUUAUGAGAACUUGGUUGAGCAAAAUCGGCACAUUUCAUCGAAUUAUUUGCUAAAGUUGGUUGAACGUGUGGGACCACUUCUUGAUAAAGAAAUCCCAUCAUGCAUCACUGGGGUGAGGUCUCUACUUGGGGCUGGAAGUCUGUCCUUGCUGCGCACUGCAGAAGGUGCUGCUCACACGUGGUGGUCGACCAGUCAGCUGGUUGUGUUGCAUCAUUCCCAACCUCUCCUGCCACCCACAAACCUCGCCUCCGUGUCCAUCAGCCAAGUUCUCGGUGCCAGACAGCUAAGUGGAGCAAGCCAGAAAGACCUCAUAUUACCAAGUGUUCUUUAUAGCCAUAUAAAUCUGUAUGAUCGGAAACUGGGUCAUUUGUCAGCAGUUUACUGUGUUGCGUUUGAUGUCAUGGGAAAAUAUAUCUUUACUGGUGCUGAUGACCACUUGGUUAAAAUCUGGGACACGUCCGACUGUCGUCUGCUGGCAACCCUUCGAGGUCACUCGGCUGAAAUCACGGACAUGGCCGUCAACUUUGAGAACACACUGUUGGCGUCUGGCAGCUGUGAUAAACUAAUCAGAAUUUGGAGCCUGCGCACAAAGGCACCCAUCGCAGUGUUACAUGGACAUACUGGAAUGAUUACCUCUGUGCAGUUUUGUCCGCAAUGCAAAGAUGAAACUCGUUACUUAGCCUCGACUGGCAGCGACGGGUGUGUCUGUUUCUGGCAGUGGAAUGCGAGAACCCAUGCCUUCAAUUCUAAGCCCAUCAAAUUGGUGGAGAGAUCACGUGCUGGUGCUCAGAUGCUGUGCUCAUCAUUUAGUCCGGGCGGCAUGUUCUUGGCGACUGGUAACUCGGACAAUGUCAUAAGAGUUUAUUUUCUACAUCCUGCUGCUCCCGAGAAAAUCUGUGAACUAGAGGCUCACAAAGAUCGUGUUGACAGCAUGGCAUACAGUCACCAUGGAGAACGCCUAAUGAGUGGAAGUAAAGACGGGACUGCCCGAAUCUGGCGCUACGAGAGACAGGAGUGGAAGGCUCUAGUUAUAAAUACAGUUCUCAAGACUGAAAGUAAGCCUACGGUUGAGGGUGAUUCUGAAGACAAGGCUGCCAAGCUAUAUGUGACGAUGGUGGGGUGGUCAACAGACGAUCUUUAUGUGGUCACCGCUGUCAGCGACCACACCAUCAAGGUUUGGAAUUCCUACACUGGCAAGCUGCAGCAUGUUCUCAAGGGUCACUCGGAUGAAGUGUUUGUGUUGGAGUCGUGUCCAACAGACCCUCGCAUCAUGCUCAGUGCAGGCCAUGAUGGACACAUCAUCAUCUGGAACCUUCACACUGGGGCAAAGUUAAAAGUCUUCUUCAAUAUGAUUGAGGGUCAAGGUCAUGGUGCUGUCUUUGAUUGCAAGUUCUCCCCAGAUGGCCAGAGCUUUGCUGCAACAGAUUCUCAUGGGCAUCUGUUGAUGUUUGGGUUUGGUACCAAUGAAAGAUACCUGAAGGUUCCAAAAGAAGUCUUCUUCCACACUGACUAUCGGCCACUGAUCCGAGAUGCAAACAACCAUGUUCUUGACGAACAGACCCAACAACCUCCACACCUCAUGCCUCCCCCGUUCCUCGUUGACAUUGAUGGCAGUCCAUACCCUCCCAGAAUGCAGCGGCUUGUCCCUGGACGAGAGAUCUGCAGCACGGAACAGCUUAUUCCCGAAGUGGCGGUCAAUGAAGCAGGUGACUCGGAGGUGAUUGGUGAAGGGGAGCAGGGCCUCGAUGAAGGGAAUAUGAACCACAACGCUGUCGUAGCUCCAGAGCCAGUUCCGUUAGCUCCAGAGCCAGUUCCGUUAGCUCCAGAGCCAGUUCCGUUAGCUCCAGAACCAGUUCCGUUAGCUCCAGAACCAGUUCCGUUAGCUCCAGAACCAGUUCCGUUAGCUGCAGAACCGCAGGUUGUGGACGCGCAUCGACCCAGUCUAGAUUACAUGAUACAGCAGCUGCAGAGGGCCCAGGAUAAUAGAAUUGCCAGGGAGGGAGGGGAGCCACUGGCAUCUCCCCCUCCUGUAGGGUCUCCACCACCGUUUCUCUCACCCAGAAGUACAAGGAGUGGACAAGGUCUUAUCGGUAUGCGGAGAAGUGGGGAGUUAGAGGGUGUGCGUCAAUCAUUGGAGAACGUUACACAGCGAGUGACUCAGAGUGAUAUCGCAGCGAUGAGCACGAAGGUUGUCAUCAAGAAAACAAAUCUCUCAUUACUUAGGAGAAGUGAAGCAGUUAGGUUGGCCCAUGGUAAUGAGGAAAUGAAGAGAUUUCAUGAAAGAAGAAAGCGAAGCCUUGCCAUGCAUGAUACUACUAGUUUUUCGGCUGCACACAAGCGUCGUCAACUGAAGUCAGGCGGGGAGCCCAGUCUUGCUGUGGAGAAUGAGGAGACUGGCAGGAACAGAUUGGCAGCAAGAGCGCUGUAUGACACAGAGGAAGAGGAUGUCGAGAACACAUCUGGAUCUGAUUUCAUGAAAAGUGAAAGUGAUUCUGAUGCUUACUCUGAUUGGAUGGGAGAUCAAGGCAGCAAUCUACAACCUCCUGUCCGCAUUUCUAAACGGCAGAGAAAAAGAAAACAUAUCUCGUCCUCCGAUAUUGAUGAUGAUGAUGAGGAGGAAAACAAUAUUGGUGGAGCUCGAACUUCAAGUCCUAGAAAGAGGAAACCUCCGCAGAAAAAGAAGAGAAAGCCUCUGCGAAAGCCCAAACCUGUAAUAAACCAGAUUGAACAAAACCAGCGAAUCCAAGAACUUCCUGAUGAAUUCCGCCCUUCAGAGUGGCUGACCAAUACCAUUCCCCGAAAAGCACCAUAUGUACCGCAGAUGGGUGAUGAAAUAAUCUACUUCCGACAGGGCCACAGACUCUACCUUGAAGCGGUCAAGAAGAAGAAGCCGUAUGAAGUAAACAUCAACAAGAAUCAACCAUGGCAUAAAAUAUCGGAUCUCAGGGAUCAGGAAACUGUUCGAAUCAUUGGUAUUCGAUAUGAAAUACGCCCACCCCGUCUGUGCUGUCUUAAGUUGCAGUUUAUUGACCACAGCACGGGAAAACCGACUGGAGGCAGUUUCCAAAUUAAGUAUCAUGAUAUGGCUGAUGUGAUAGACUUUCUUGUGCUCAAACAGAUUUAUGAUAUAGCGGUGCAGCGUAACUGGAAACCAGGUGAUAGGUUCCGGUCUGUAAUUGAUGACCAGUGGUGGACGGGUGUUAUAUAUUCACAGGAGCCAUUGCAGGCAGAAUAUUCUGACAGUCUCUUUCAGUGUUUUAAUGUCAACUGGGAUAAUGGUGAAUGUGAAAAACUGAGUCCCUGGGAUAUGGAGCCUAUUGAUGAGCAACGAUUAUCUGACGACCCAGCAAGAGGGAUUGAUAUAGAAGCAGAAGAAUUGCUGUCUCUGUUGUACACACCUAAACCGAACGAGUGGCCUCCUGGGGGUAGAGAUAUGGAGUGUCGCCGCAUCGUUCGGGGCCUGGAGGCCAUUAUGCAACAUUCCAUAGCUGAGCCUUUCAAUGCACCCGUUGACCUCAGCGCAUUCCCGGAAUAUGCCAUGAUCAUCGAAUACCCCAUAGAUCUCAGUACUAUUAAGAACAGAUUGGAAAAUAACUUCUACAGGAGAGUAGCUGCUGUACAGAGCGAUGUAAGGAGGAUUGAAAGCAACACAAGCCGAUUCAACGAACCAGGAACACCAAUAGUGCGGAGUGCUUGUAUUGUUACAGAAUGUUUACUCAGGUUCAUAAAAGACACUUCGUGUACUGAUCCUAUGCCUAUUGUGACCGAACUGACUCAAGGUGAAUCAUUUCACUGGGGGCCAAACCAGUCGACGGACGAGAGUGAAGAUUCAGUGAACAGGAAGAACAAAAAGCUGGCCAGGAUUUGCACUCGGAACAGUAAGCGCAGGAAGAUAGAGGAGCGAGUGGACCGGGAUGCGUGGCGAGAUCAGUGUCGACUCAUCUUCAACCAGCUCAUAGAAUGCCAGGAUGCUGAACCUUUCAGACAUCCAGUCGACCCCGAAGAGAUUCCAGAGUAUUACCAGUGCAUAGAAUCGCCCAUGGAUUUCAGCAUUAUUCAGGACAAUGUCAACAACAACCACUAUGAAACACCAGUGGAGUUCUGCAAAGAUGUUCGACUGAUCUUUCAGAAUUCAAAAGCAUUCAACACAAACAAGAGAUCUCGAAUCUAUGCAAUGACUUUGAGGUUGUCGGCAAUGUUUGAAGAAAAGAUAAAAGAUACCAUGGUUAAUUGGAAGAGGCUACAAGGUUUAAGUGGAAACAAAGCUUCACAGAAGAGAGAUCCUACUUCGUCCACAUCCCGACCCUGCCAGCGGUCUGCCAACCAUUCCAGUUCAGUGCAGCCAUCGUCGUCUUCCACUGCGGUGAGGUCGAGGCGGUCUCAGGCCACAGAGCGUAUCACAAACGGACACAGCAGUGACAGUCACAGGCUGAGGCCACGGCGCAGAAUCCAUUUGAGAAAUACAAGAAGAAGAAUUAUCGAAGAAGAUGACGAAGAAGUGGAAGAGGUGGUGGAUGUGGUACUGAAGGAAGCAACACCUCCAGCUGACAAGACUGCUGACAGCAGUGAAACAGAGGAUGACAGAAGUAGCAACUCUGAUGACAGCAAUACGGACAGUUCCUUGGGCAAUAUAAACGUUACAAGCAAGAAGGAUGAGGAAGAUGGCGACCACAGGGAUAGAAGAAAAUCAAAAGGAAAACAGACGAAGAAGACAAGACACUCAGGAAAAUCAUCAUUAACCAAUGGUCAUUCUGAAAAUACCUAUAGAACUCGUGCUUCCACAGGAAAAAUAAAACCAACUCAUUACAAAGAGGAUGAAGAUGAAUCGAUGUCUGUUUCAAACAGUCGGUUAUCUAGUUCUUCCGGCGGUUCCUCGAACUCUGAUUCGUCAUCUAGCUCAUCACACUCCGAUAAUUCUGAUGACGAAAAGACGGAACAUUAUAGUGACUAUGAACAAGAAACUCCGAGGACUUUCAAAGCCAGGAAACCAAUCUCCAAAGUGAAAUCAAUUCAAAGACAAGUGGAAAGUGUUCGGCACAAAGCAAAAACGAAACGGCCUCCUUCCAGUAUUGGUAGUAGUGGCAGCAGUGUGCGGAAGAACCCAGAUCGAAGGACGAGAAAUCAAGGCCGAAGGACGGUGCGUUACCAGGAGGAUAGCGACAAUGAAAAACCUAUGUGUAUGGGAGGAGAGUCUGACAGUUCGAUGGACAGCGAUGACGAGCAAGACAGAAAUAUUGUCAGUAGAAGCAGUAGAGGGCGAAUUCGUAAACUUACACCCCGAGCCCGAGCGAACCUGUUAGGAGAGUGAAUGGUAUAAGUGCUAGUGUGAAUCGGGAUCGUGUUCAAGCCCUAGUUGUUACUGAAGAUGAUUUCCUAAUUGCUGUGCUAAGAAUAUGUGGAAUAUUGCUAUGCAGAUAUUAUCAUUGAGUAUUUGGAGUGAAAAUGUGAAAACACUUUUCAUUUAAGCCUAGAAGACUUGCAUAAUUAAAAGGAUGUCUGUGAAUGAGAUUGUGUUAUGUAGUAUUAAAAUCCAUUUAUAUCAUUAAUCAGUUUACCUUUUGAUGCACUGAAUUAUUGAAUCGUUAUGGAUGGAUUUAUUUGAUCAUGGUAACUUUGAUUAUCUAAACACCUCACAAAUUUCUAAAAAGAACAGUUCUGAGUUUGAAACCGUUUCAAGUGUCUUUAUUUGCUUGCAGGUUUGCUCAAUGUAUACAUAUCUAGUCUGCAAAUGUAACUGAAAAUACCUGAACAUGUGAUCUUGCCCUGUUGUUAUUAUGUUUGUUUUGCACUGGAUUCAAUCAAUCAUGAAAUGGGGGUGAUUUAACUUGUCUUCAAAACAUAUAUCCAUAAUUUAAUAAUUUUCAUAAAAACCAGUGAUAUCAAACUUGUCAAGUGUAGCUUCUUCGUUUUUUAACCAUCACUCUUUAAACAAAAAAAUAACAUACUGACAAUGUUGGGUGUUUUUUGGUUAUUAUUAUUUUUUUUUUCAACUUUAACCUUCUUUGUUUUUUUGCUUGUUGUAUAUGUCCACUUCUUGAAACAAAUAGUCAAUAGGCUGUACUUUAAAAAAAAAAAUUUUUAAUAAAAAUUGAUGUACUUGG